AUGGAAAUAGAUGAACUUAAUUUACAUCCAUGUAUGGUACCAAUGGUUUGUUUAUUAAAACAUAUGGAAACAAAUGGAUUAAUUCCAAUAAAUGAUCAUAUUUUACAAACACCUGAAAUGCCACCAUGGAUGAUAUUUAUGUAUAAAAAAUUUAGUGAUCCACUUAUAUCAUUUAAUAUAACAUUAUUUCUUAUGCGUCUUAUUAUUCAUACACAUACAAUAUUUAAACCAUAUGCACGUUAUUGGUUAACACCAAUAAUUCAUAUGUGUAAUCAAAUGUUUGAAAAUUCAUCUGAAGAUUUAAAUACAUUUAUAAUUGAUACAAUUGUUAUAUUAUUAUCAUGGCAUAAACAAGCUAUACCAAGUGAAUUUGAUUCAAUAGCUGUACAACGUCUUAUUGAAUAUUUAUUUUCAAAUUGUUCACAUCAACGUAUGCAUUCAUCAACAUUAAUUUUAUAUAAAUUAAUAUCGGAACCAGAUUUAAACUCAAAACAAAAUGCAAUUGGUCUUUCAUUAAUUGGAAUAUUAUUAGCUAAUGAUAUUUUACCAUAUUAUGUACCACCAACACCAACUGGAAAUCUUCCACCUGUAAAAACUGGUUCAAUAUUAUCAACUAUACCAAAUGAUUUAACGAAAGAUAAAUUUAAUGAUACAAUAUUAAAAAAUAUGAAAAAUACUUAUAGAAAUAUAUAUGCAGCAGCAGCUGGAGCUAUUGGAAUGUUAUUAAAUAUUAAAAAACUUAAAAAUGAAACAAAUCAACGUUUAUUAGAACAAUUAAAUUUAAUAUUAAAAUGGCAUAAUAGUCAAGGUUUAUCAGAUACAUAUGUAACAUGUAUUUAUUCAAUACAAAAACAUUAUCCAUUAAUUGUUGAUAAAACG